AUGCCCGUCUUCGCCGAAUCCGCCGCCUCCACUCGCGAACUCCGCGUUUUACCCUCCUUCGCCCCGCCACUCCCCCGCUUAAGUGUCCCCUUCGCUCACAAAGAGCACCCCGAUCGAUAUGAAGUAGUCAUUGUCGGCGCCGGGCCCGCAGGGCUGAUGCUCAAUCUCCUGCUCGCGCGGUACGGCCUGAGCGACGAGUCCCUUCUCUGCGUGGACGCCAAACCAGGAACCCUGAAAUCCGGCCAAGCAGACGGACUGCAGCCCCGCACACUCGAGGUGUUCAAGACCCUGGGACUCGCGGACGAGAUCCUGACGGACGGAUGCCACAUGGAGGAGGUGGCGUUCUGGAACCCGUCGGCCAACCCGGACGAGAUCAUCGAGCGCACGGCCAUCGUGCCCGACGUCGCGGUGCCGGCGCGCUAUCGCCACGAGGUCACCAUCCACCAGGGCCGGAUCGAGCGCAUCCUCGAGACGGAUCUGCUGCGGUAUUCGUCGCGCGGGGUGCAGCGGAGCACGCGGCUCAUCGAUGUGCGCAUCGACGAGGACGCAGACGCAGAGUUCCCUGUGUUCGCGGAGGUGGAGACCAACGGCCAGCGGCGUACAGUGCGGUCGAAGUACCUGGUGGGUGCGGAUGGAGCGCACUCGGUCGUGCGCCGGUGUAUGGGGUUGCAGCUGGUCGGCGAGUCGUUGGAUCAUAUCUGGGGCGUCGUCGACUUGGUUGUGGAUACGGACUUUCCCGAUAUUCGGAGACGGUGUGCGAUUCACUCGCCCGCAGGCUCGGUGAUGGUUAUCCCGCGCGAGCGCAUCGCGACGGGCGAUUACCUCACUCGUCUCUAUGUGCAGGUUCCUGAGGAAGCGGGCCCGGAGGGCGACGAUGAUAACGACCGGCAGGUGGACGAGACGACUUCGAAGCAAGAUGCGCGGGCUCGCAGGAGUAAGGUCACGUUGGAAGGAAUCUUCCAGCACGCAGCCGACGCAUUCAAACCAUAUUACAUCAAACCUAAAAAGGGCGGCGCAGUGGACUGGUGGGCAGCGUACCAGAUCGGCCAGCGGGUAUCUGAUCGAUUCACAGUCAAAGAUUCGAAGGGGACAGAGCGGGUGUUCAUCGUAGGAGAUGCCUGCCACACACACAGCCCCAAAGCCGGCCAAGGCAUGAACGUAUCAAUGAUGGACUCGUACAACCUCGCCUGGAAACUGGCCUACGUGAUAAACGGCCUGACUCCCAACACAGCAAAACACACCCCGCAAACCCCGGACCCAAUCCUGGCAACCUACCACUCAGAACGCCACACGAUCGCGCACCAACUGAUCGAAUUCGACCGUGCCUUCAGCUCCAUGUUCUCAGGUAAAAUCAGUCACAGCGCGGACGACAAGCUGACGGGGCUCACCCACGAGCAAUUCGUGGAAGUCUUUAGCACGGGCAACGGGUUCACGAGCGGGUGCGGAAUCGAGUAUUCCGAGAGCGUUCUGGUGCAGAAACACGAAGACCAGCAAGCCAGUCCCGCCGGCGCGGAUCUUGCGCACACGUACCCAAUUCAAGGCACGGAUUACCUCGCGGGCAUCCUUCGUCCCGGACGGAGGCUUCUGAAUGUGACUUACAAGCGGCAUGCUGAUGGGAAUAGACGGGAUUUGCAUGAUGACUUCCCCUCGACCGGCAGAUUCCGUAUCCUGGUCCUCACGUCCACUGACCUCCUUGAUCCCAAGGGUACAUCUGCGGGAACGCUCCGCACGCUCGGCUCGACUGUCCUCCCCAAGUACCCAGCUACCGUGAUCGAACAGGUCGUCGUCCACCCGCGCCUGUCCCGGGACAGCUUCACGUGGCGGGAUGUGUCCGUCGAGUUGAAGCAACAUUCCGAGAUGCGGUUCUACAGUGGCUAUGAGCUGGAUGAUGUGUAUGGGAUUUACGGGGUGGAUCCGGCUCGGGGCGCGGUGGCGGUUGUGCGUCCGGAUGGGUAUGUGGGGAUGGUGGCUGCGUUGGGGGAUGUUGGGCUGGUGGAUGCGUUUUUGGGGGGUUGUUUGGCACGGGUUUAG